AUGCAAGAAAAAUUUCUGGAUAUCCUCGCGGCGGAGCAACUGAACCCGGACUAUCAGACACUGCACCUCAGCCACUACAGCGGCACCAAGGCUGCCUUUUUGAACGUGUCGGCAAAGUUCCUGCAGUACCAGGUACAGAACAGGCAGACCUCUUCGUUUGACCGUCUGAAACUCUGGGAACAACAAGCGGCCAAUUGGGACAGCGAAGUUGUACUACCAGCACCGCAGCAGGAGCUACUAGAAGUCGCUGAACAUCAUGGCGAAGAUGAUGAUACUGACCCGAAAAAUCAAGAUCCGCUGACCGAGCAAUUUGAAGACGCAAAAGAACAGGCCCGUAAGGCCUUGGUGGAGAACCGUUAUGCGACCGAGCAGACGGCAUCCGAGUUUCUCAAGAAAGAGGUCUUUGGCAAGUUGGGAAAACUGAUUCAAAAAAUUGCCAAGGGCGACAUCCGAAGCAUCGACUGGAACUUCUGGGCAGCGCUCGAGCAAUUUUUGCAAAUCAUUUUGUCUAUCUUUGAAACGGCGGCGCUGUUUUUCGGCAGUUCCUUUGGGCCGGACCUCGGACAUAUGAGUGGAUAUGAUCUGCAAAAGUAUCGUACUCUGGUAUAAAUGCAUGACAAAUUUUCUCAGCAUGAGAAAUAAAAUUUUUUGUAAUGCGGAUUUAGUACGUUAAAAAAAAAAAAGAUUCGUAAUGUAUGGCUAUGCAAUUACUACGAGUAUCAGAUACUUUUGCACAGGAUAGUGGAGGUUCCAUGGUGUUGUCCAUAAUUGGGCCGUUUCUCCGUUUGGUCAGCGGCAUAUGGCAGAUGUUUGGGUUGUCGAGACAAUACGAAAAAUUCGCCGGUCGAUGGUUGAAGCGCGAGGCCGUGGAAGGACUUUGGCGCGCGGAAAAGUUCGAGAAGAUGUGCCAACCUGAGGCUUUUUCGGAAGGAACGAAAGCGAGGAAAGAUGCCUUCGAGGACCUCAUUGCCAGCCGUCAAACGAAAGUUGCGC